AUGGAAGCGCAAAGCAAAGACAGCGAAAUGCAGUCGCUGGACGACAACAGCAAGAUCGCGACUCCGGUUAUCGCACCAGCAGACCAAACAGCCCAGAGCCCACCGAGCACGGAAAAAGACAGUUACGAGGUCGGCUGGGAGGGUGGUGAUGCGGAUCCUCUAUGCCCUCGUAGCUACAGCACCUUGAAAAAAUGGCGUAUCGUUCUUGUUAUUUGUUUUGUCAGUCUGUGCAUGACAUGCGCUAGUUCCAUCUACACCGCGACAUACCAACAGAUGGAAGCAGAGCUGGGCAACUCAAGAAUAGUGUCUAUUCUUGGUCUUUCCCUUUUCGUUCUCGGUAUCAGUUUCGGUCCUAUGGCUCUUGGGCCCCUCAGCGAGUUUUACGGUCGGCGACCCAUUUACGUCAUUUCCUGGACGAUCUAUGUUAUUUUCAUUAUACCACAGGCCGUCGCCAAGAACAUUGGGGUGAUUCUCGUUUUCCGUUUCCUCGACGGCUUCGCUGGCAGCGCUUUCCUCGCCGUGGCUGGAGGCACCAUUCACGAUCUCUUCGACAGGGCGCAACUACAACACCCUAUUUCUGUCUUCUCCGUGUCGCCAUUUAUCGGACCCAGUCUGGGUCCCCUGAUUGGCGAUCCGGUUCUAUUACGAAACAAGGCGAGAAAGCUUCGAAAAGAGACAAACAACGAAUGGUUUGCUCCUAUGGAAAGAGCGCACCGGUCUGUUGCCCACGCAAUUGGCAACUCCUUACUCCGACCAUUCCAGCUUCUCAUCCUUGAACCCGUGUGUUCCUGCCUCUGCAUUUUUGCAGCACUCUUACAUGGUAUUCUUUACUUAUUUUUCGACGCUUUCCCGCUGGUCUUUGUCAACAAUCAUGGUUUCAACUUGUGGCAAGUCGGUCUAUCCUUCCUAGGAAUUGGUCUUGGCAUGAUCCUAGCUGUUUUCAUGAAUCCGGUUUGGAACAAUGCGCGAAACCGUCUUGUGCACAAGAAAGAACGAGAGACGGGUAUCCAAGGUGCUAGCGAGCCCGAGUUCCGGCUUCCUGCUGCUAUGGUAGGCUCUCUGAUUGUGCCUGUUGGCAUGUUCAUGUUUGGAUGGACAACAUUCCCGUGGGUGCACUGGAUUGCUCCUAUCAUAGGCUCUACCAUCUUUGGAUUUGGGGCAUUGCUGCUGUUUACCUCUAUUUUCAGUUUUCUUGUUGACGCUUAUCCAACGUACGCAGCCAGCGCCAUGGCCGCAAAUGGCUUCAUCCGAUGCAUUUUUGCUGCCCUAUUCCCGCUUUUCGGUGAGCAGAUGUUUGAAGGAUUAGGAUACCAAUGGGCGUCAUCAUUGUUGGCGUUUCUCACUGUUGCCAUGAUACCGUUUCCGUUCCUCUUUUUCCGCUAUGGCAAACUUAUGAGAGGCAAAAGCCGCUUCGCUAAGAAAUAG